UCGAUUGCUCGUUGUUUGACUAUACUGUCUGCACUCAAUCGAUGCUCUCUGGCUCGAUUAGUUGAGUCGUCUGAGCAGUGCAUGGCUGAAUUGUGAAGCUUGAAAGCGAUUUAAAGGUGAGGAGCGGGAUUUUCAGUCCAAGCUGACAGACAGCCAGCAUGGGGAGACGCUCGUCCGAUAGUGACGAUGACAGCCGGAGCAAGAGAAAGAAGAAACAGCGUCGCCGUUCAUCCUCCUCCUCCUCGUCUUCGUCUUCCUCCUCCGGCAGCAGGGUGGCCAGCAGCCGGAGCCGUAGGUCAAGCCGUCGUAGCCCGUCUCGCUCCAGGGAUAGAGACAAAGAGCGAGACAGAAGGAGGAGAAGACGUUCCAGCAGCAGCUCGUCCCACAGUUCAUCUCGCAAGAGGAGGAGUCGCAGCGCGGAGCGAGACAAAGGGAGGGGCCACCGCUCGCACAGGUCCCGCAGCAGAGACAGGAGGUCCCACUCUCGCCACCGCCGCUCUCGUAGUAAGAGCGGCAGCCACAGCCGCCGAGGGACCCACAGCCGCAAACGGAGCCGCAGCAAAGAGCGGGACCGAAGCCGCCGCAAAGGACACGAGCGAGAGAGGGAGAAGGAGAAAGAGAGGGACAGAGGAAGAGACAGAGACAAGGACAGGAGUAAAGACAAGGCGGACAAAAAGGCGGAGGCCGCGAACAUCAAAGCAAGAUUAGAACAUCUGACUCCAUCAGAGCAGGCUAAAGUUCGGAUGCAUAUGGUCCUGCAGGCUGCAGUUCCUUCCACUGGCUGCUCACCAAGGAUGCUUCUACAGCAUUUCACCCAGUGCAUUCUGGGACCAGCCCCAGCCCCCUCUGCGACCCUGAAUAAGAAUAAGCAGGUAUAGAAGAAGGAUGGAUGG